GAACUUUCUUGACAUUUUCAAAUCUAAAAAAUAUCCAACAAAAGAUUCAUAACUUAAACCUUUCUUAUUAAUUUAGCAAUCAAAUUAUACAUUUCAAUCUCCACUUUUUUCAUCAUGAUUGUAAUGUUAAUUAAAUUUCUGUAUAUUAUAAUCUUUUUUUCUUCUUCUUUGAAACACUUAACUUCAGCUCAAGAGUCGAACCAGUUCAUCUACAAUGGCUUCACUGGAUCUAAUUUGAAUCUCUGUGGAUCUACAACACUUCAUUCUAAUGGUCUUUUAGAGCUGACAAACAUUUCGGAUCAUCAAAUCGGCCGCGUUUUUUUUCCGACUCCUCUUAAUUUUAAUAAAUCUAUGUCCUUUUCUACUAAUUUUAUUUUCGCUAUUGAUCCUGAGAAUCCGGAUCUCGGCGGCCAUGGCUUCGUGUUCACGUUAUCUCCGAAAAUCGAGUUUACGGGAGCUAUGCCGACAGAAUAUUUCGGAAUCUUUAACUCUUCAACAAAUGGGCAGAGUUCGAAUCAUAUUUUUGCUGUUGAGUUUGAUACAAUUCAGACUGUUGAUCUUGGAGAUAUUGAUGAUAAUCAUGUCGGAAUCGAUUUGAACAGCUUAAUUUCCAAUGUUUCGGCUCCCGCGAGUUACUUCUCCGACAAGGAACAGGUAAAUAAGACUCUGAAGCUCAUAAGCAGAAACAGAAUUCAGGUUUGGAUAGAUUAUGAUCAGCAACAGAAUCUUCUCAAUGUUACAUUAGCUCCUAUAACGAGCUCGAAACCCGAAAAGCCGCUAUUGUCGAAGAAAAUCGAUCUUUCCUUAGUUCUGUUAGAUUCUAUGUAUGUUGGUUUUUCUUCAUCUACUGGUUCCAUGGCUAGCCACCAUUAUAUUCUUGGAUGGAGCUUUAACAGAACUGGCCCGGCUCAAAAUCUUGAUUUGUCAAAGCUUCCUCCACUUCCAAGUAGACCAAAAUCAGGCAAAUCAUUCAAUCCAAAAGUAAUCAUGGGAUCGACAAUGGGAAUUGUUAUACUCAUCAUAAUAAUCUACGGACUUGUUUAUAUAAUUCGGAGGAACAAAUUCGAAGAGUUUCGCGAAGAUUGGGAGAAAGAAUACGGUCCUCAAAGAUUUUCUUACAAGAAUCUUUAUAAAGCAUGUAAGGGAUUCAAAGAAAAAGAGCUACUCGGAUUUGGAGGAUUCGGAAAGGUUUAUCGAGGUCUAUUACCUUCAUCGAACGUACAAGUUGCAGUCAAGAAAGUCUCGCACGAUUCACAGCAAGGAAUGAAGGAGUUUGUGGCAGAGAUUGUGAGCAUGGGGCAGCUAAGGCAUAGAAACUUGGUGCAAUUAUUAGGUUAUUGUCGACGAAAAGGCGAAUUACUCUUGGUGUAUGAUUAUAUGCCGAAUGGAAGUCUCGACAAGUAUCUGUUUCGUAAUGACACUCCGAAUCUCAAUUGGGACCAACGAUAUCAAAUCCUAAAAGGAGUCGCGUCUGCACUUCUAUACCUCCACGAAGAAUGGGAGCAAGUCGUUCUGCAUCGAGAUGUGAAAGCGAGCAAUGUGAUGUUAGACUCCGAUUUCAUAGGGAGGCUAGGAGAUUUCGGGUUGGCUAAGUUUUACGACCAUGGAUCGGAUCCUCAAACAACGAUUAUGGUCGGAACUAUAGGGUACCUUGCGCCCGAAGUUUCGAGAACGGGAAGGGCUACUACUUGUAGUGAUAUUUUUUCUUUUGGCAUACUAAUGCUUGAAGUGGCAUGUGGAAGAAAACCUGUAGAUUGGGAAAUGCCAACAGAGGAGGUGAUUUUAGCGGAUUGGGUUCUUGAUCGUUGGAAAAACGGUUUGAUUCUCGAAACUUGUGAUUCGAAAUUGGAAGGUAAAUUUAUGGUUGAAGAAAUGGAAUUAGUAUUGAAAUUAGGGUUGUUUUGUGCUCAUUCUACACCAGCAUCUAGGCCUACAAUGAGGCAAGUAGUUCAGUAUUUAGAUAGAAAUGCAAAUUUACCAGAGAUAUUAAUGGAUAGCUCUGGGUUAGGAUUCAUCACAGUUGGCCAUGAUUCAGGUGAGGAUUGGAGUUUGUGUUUUCCUACAUCUAAUGAUUUUUCCGGCUUGUCUAGCUCCAGUCCGAUUCUAAGUUCCGUUGAAUCAGAAAAACUUUGCGGUCGAAGUAAAAUUACAGUCUCUUCUUACGAUUAACCACAUCAGCUUUAGAUGAACUGGAUUAUGUAUGAUAUUGUAAAAAUUAAAUUGAUUUAUGAUUAAAUUGCAAAUUUUGCAAAA